AUGGCAAAAAUUUUUCAACAAGUCUUUGGGAAAUCUCCAUCUCCCCCAACUCAGAUCAAUAUCAACGUGACGACCUCAUCGACAACGCUUCACAAACACGGUUCCAACGACCCAUUCACACUUACCCUCGAGGCGACUCUUCCCGAAUCCACAGGCACACCCAACAAGGCCCUCACCAUCCUCACCUUCGACACUCUCCUGGAUCCUAAAGGCAAUGCUCUCUACGAAAAUGGGAUAGAAUUUGUGAAUACCAACACAGACGCCCAUGCAAAGCGCACUAGUUUGACCGCACAUCAUAGUUUCGGCGGCAAGUCUAACAUCCUUAUUGACCCCCAGUUCGAGCAGUACUUUGUCACUCUCGAGCCCGGUGUGCCGUACCGAGUGACGCAUACCAUGAGGUCCUGUCCCAGAAUUCCGCAAGAGAGUGAUUCAAAGUCUGAAGCAGGAAAGGCCUCACUGCAGGAGGGCGAGGCAACCGCUAAGGAUGAAGCUAUUGUUGCCGCGGCAUUCUCUCACGUCACGUCCCUAGACGUGGGAUCUACGUAUCGGGUGGAUUUAGGGGAUAAGAUGGACCGGAUCUCAUGGUAUCGAUAUGGAUCAAAGGAGGAAGUUUUGAAUGGACAGAGUGCUAGAGUGGGACUUGUGCAUAGUCUGAUGGGGGCUAAAAGGCAUCCUGAGCGGGUAGGAGACAGUGAGAUGCAGGCGAUUCCGCUUGUGAUGCAGGGGCUAGCUAGUUUCACGGUCGAAGAGUAA